GUCAUUUUCAACUUUCCCCGUCGGGAACCACAUUUAUCACACCCUCACUAACUCAGCCUAGGAGACACUAACGCAACAAAGGCAGGUCAUUUACCGUGCUAUCGGCCUUGUGUUCGAGUGUAUAUAUGAGUGACUGACUUCACAGCAAUUGAAUCUUACCUUCCCGGAAAUCUCGCGAUAUUGGAUAAGCAGACAUCAUGCCUUCGAUAAGCGACAUCGUGAAGGCAAGCCAGCCUGACCUAGCCUCAUAUGAGGAGCUUUACAAAUGGUUCCACACGCACCCCGAGCUCUCUUUUCAAGAAGCCAAGACUGCCGAGGCCAUCGUAAAACAUCUCGAAACCUUCAAGGCUUUCACGAUCCACACUUCUAUCGGCGGCCACGGUAUUGCUGCCAGCUUCUCCAACGGCCCUGGAAAGACCCUUCUCUUACGUGCUGACAUUGACGCGCUGCCUGUUGAAGAGAAGACCGGGCUGAACUAUGCGAGUACGGCGCGUAUGAAGGACUUAGAUGAUGUUGAGAAACCCAUUAUGCAUGCCUGUGGCCAUGACAUGCAUAUUACAGCGUUGCUUGCAGCGGCAGAAACUCUAGUCAAAUGUAAAGACGCAUGGAGCGGAGAACUGAUUCUGGUGUUUCAACCAGCGGAAGAGAGGGCAGGCGGUGCGCAAAACAUGGUAGACGACGGGCUCUACCAGAAGGUCAAGGAGCCAGACGUCGUUGUCGGCGCGCAUGUCAUGCCAGAAAGAGCCGGUGUCAUAGGAACAAAGCAUGGUUUGAUCGCCAGCUCUGCAGAUAGAUUUCAACUCCGCAUCGAGGGCCGGCAAGCCCACGCAUCCACCCCACACCGCGGCAUCGAUCCUAUCCUUCAAGCCGCUUCCACAAUUAUGCGUCUCCAAUCCAUUGUAGCGCGAGAAGUAGAUCCCCUGGACUUCGCCGUCGUAACAGUCUCUGCCUUCCAUGCCGGCGACGCCGAAAAUAUCAUUCCCUCGGAAGCCAACCUAAAGAUCGACGUCCGCGCCGCCUUGCCCCAGACCCGCGAACGUGUACUUGCUAGCGUGAAGCGUAUCGUCGCUGCCGAGGCCGAAGCAUCAAACAAUCCAAAUGCUCCCACCUUGACACCAACAACGCAGUUCCCCUUACUCUUCAAUGAUGCCGACAUUACCAAUGCACUAGAAGAGUCGUUCUCAGCUCACUUUCAACCUGGCAAGCAUUCUUAUCAGUCUGACAUUGCGCGCUUGCAGGGUUCAGAAGACUUUGGUAUCUUGGCUACCGCGAUCGGUAAGCCGAGUUGCUUUUUCUUAUAUGGAGGAACGGAUCCAGCGGUUUGGGACAAGGCGGAGAAGGAGGGAAGGCUUAGUGAGGAUGUUCCAGGAAACCAUAGUCCGUUCUUCGCACCGGUUGUGCAGCCUACGUUGACGGUGGGAAUGGAGGGAUAUGUUGUUGCUGCAUUGACCUUCCUGAAGAAAGCGGAGUGAGUGAGUUGUUAAGAAUUUCUUUUGUGCGAGAAGGCAAGUGCCAGAGGCGUUCUAGGUGGUAAGGUAUGGUGUAAGGGAACGAGAUGCUUAAGGUCGGGCGUAGAUCACGAACAGCUAUGUGUGCCUCAAGCGUAACAGGUUUAGUCUUGGUAUCUAAGUGUAUCCAUCGGUCCUCUUCCUAAUCAAUCUUAUAUCUGGC